AUGUACGAUGGGCUAUUGCAGCUAACACUAUCAAGAGGUGUGAAGAUCGUUGGGUUUGAGGACGACGUGGCUCUCAUGGUAUUCCGAGAAACAAUAGAAGAGGUGGAAGUACGCGCAACGCAGGCGAUAGAAAUAAUAGAAAACUGGAUGUGCGGAAAAAAGCUGCCAUUGGUUCAUCACAAAACUGAAGUGAUGAUGAUCAGCAACCGAAAGGCAGUACAGCAUAGUACGAUUACGGUUGGAGAAGUCACCAUCGACUCGAAGCGAGAGGUAAAUCUUGGGGUAAUGAUCGACGACCGGCUCAAUUUCAAUACCCACGUCGAUUAUGCUUGCGAAAAGGCAACUAAAGCGAUCACAGCGUUGACCAGAAUCAUGUUAAACAGUUCUGCGAUUAGUAUCAGUAAGAGAAGACUCCUGGCCAGCGUAUCUACGUCAAUUCUCAGAUACGGAGCUCCUGUCUGGGCGGCUGGUGUAAUCACGAGGAGGAAUCUGAAUCGGCCCAAUAGCACCUAUACGCUGAUGGCCAUAAGAGUGGCAAAUGCAUAUCGUACCAUAUCGAUGGAUGCGGUUUGUACCAUAGUAGGAAUAAUCACCAUAAACAUUUUAUUGGAGGACUGUGAGUGCUACAGACUGUCGAUUCGAUGA